AUGGCUGGGUGGCAAAUGAUCGUCAGGGAACGCAGACGAGGGAAGAGCAUGACGGAUGCUCGAUAUUCUUCUGCCUUGUUCCCGUCAACUAUGAGCUGCAGUAGCUUCGGAAAAGUCGCUUCGAGGGAGAACGGAAACGAAACGAGCUUUGCGAGAACACGAUCGGAUAUGCUGGGAUUAGACCCAAAGUUCAAAUGGAGACAACGAAUUCGGGAGUCCAACGACGAGUGCCAGAACGAGCUACAAGUUCGUGCAAGCGAGGCAAGAGUUGCUUGUCUCACAGCGCACUCACUCUCAAUACGGCGGUCGAUGGCACCUUCUAUUUCAGCGGACUACGACCUAUUCGCUCUCCGAGCUGAAGUCGACUCCUUGCGCGCCACACUCUCCUCCCUUGUCGAUCGCGUCGUAUCACGCCAAACGGAAGAACAGUACCUCCGCAUUGAGCUCAACCACCUUCGUUCUCUGGCCUCGCCAAGGACCCUUCCACUACGCAUACCGGACUUAUCUCGUCCGGACGGGCUACGCGAGUACAAGAAUUUGCAGACGUACAUCCAUGCAGCCGUACAGCGUGCUGAGACGCUUGAACAUGACCUCAGCCCCUGCCUUGGCAUGUAUGGGACGAUGGGUCCCGGACGUGGUAGGGUCGAAAGCACUGGCAUAAACGCAUGCUUUGAGGGCGCUCGUAUGGCUAUACAAAAGACGCUGGAACCCAUCAAUACAUGUGGACGGGACGAGACGGGCCCGUAUAAGGAUGGAGUGGGCCUCUCUUCUGAGAAUGUGUGCGUACAGGCGCGUACGAAGGAAGAUCAAGAGAACGUUCCGGUGGUAUGUAUUACGACUGUCGGGACCCCGCUUACACCUAUGCCACUCUCUUACUCGGAGGGCAGUAUAGGAAUUGUAGGAGCCAUCGCCAAGCACACCGCAUGCAUCUCGGACCCCAGUUACCUCGCCGUUCCUACCUCAUUUAGUUAUCAACCCACUAUGACUGAGCCCGCCAACAUAUUUUCAGCUCAUCCUAGGACCAACUCGAGCGAGCGCAACACUCGAUCGCGAUCUUGCCGAAGCAGCUCAUGCAGUACGCUGAACGAACACAAGUCAUCGCCCAAUGCAACGAAUCGGACAAAAGACCUUCCCCCAACACCGGAGAGCGUGUACAACAGAGGAGAAAUUAGCCUUAUGCCUCCCCCACAGAAAACGAUCCGUUCACGGACGAAUAUCUCAUCUGUGUACCAUAACUACCAUCGUAGUUCGGGGGCGAAGACGUCAACCUUUGGUAAUUGCGCGGGUUUUUACGCCUGA